AUUACUACUUCCUGUCAUUUUUUCUCGCGUUUUUUUUGGGGUUGCACUUAAUUUUAGUGAUUGACCAUCAAAUUAUACUUCAAGAUGUCUUCGAUGAGAAAUCUAAACAAAGCGAGAGCUCGCUCUCAUAAAGAAAGAAGUCAGCCUCAACAUAGGGAACAUCUGGGAUCCCUUGAAAAGAAAAAGGAUUACAAGUUGAGAGCAGAAAACUAUCAGAGAAAACAGAAUACAUUGAAGUCAUUGAAGCGGAAAGCCCUUGAUAGAAAUCCAGAUGAAUUUUAUUUUAAAAUGGUCAAAACUCAGAAAGUGGAUGGAGUCCAUGAAAAAAGAGAAAGCAGUGAACCUGUCCAUACAGAUGCUGAAAUCAAACUAAUGUAUUCACAAGACCAAAGAUAUGUCACUAUGAAAAGAACAUCAGAAUUAAAGAAAAUAGAGAAAUUAAAAAGUUCCUUGCAUCUCCUUGACAGUGAUGAGAAACCCAAAAAUAAACAUAUUGUUUUCGUUGAUUCUAAAAAAGAAGCAAAAGAAUUUGAUGCUGCAAAGUAUUUUAAUACACAUCCAUCGUUAGUGAACAGGACCUACAACAGACCAACAACAGAGAUGUUAAAGAAAGGUUUCCAUAACGACAAUAUGGAUGAAGCAACUUUACAGGAAAUUGCUGAUGAAAAGAAAAAGAAAUAUAAACAAUUGAAAAAGCGGAUAGAGAGAGAAAGGGAACUCCACAUCAUUUCACAAAAAAUGGAUGUAAAGAAACAUUUAUUAGAUAAAAAAGCAAAGAAGUUAAAAAUGAAAGAUGAGACAAGGGAAGCUCCUGCACAGUACAGAUGGGUAUUCAAAAGACAAAGAUGAUGAAAAAUAUAUAGCUUGAUGGAUGAACUGAAUGUCAGAGUAUUCAAUAAAAGUAUCCAUUCUAAGAAGUUACGCUGAGGAUAAGAUUUGGAAAUGGUAGUGAAUUUAAAUAAAUGUAAAGCAUUGUAAUGUAAUUUGAGUACAUUUUAUACUAAUUACAACUCGAGCUUUAUUAUAUAUAAAACAUUAAGACUAUUUGUCUAGUGAUUUUGAAUUGCAUCAGAAAAAAGAAUGACAUCUGUUUGUAUUUAUUUGUGCAAUAAAAUUAUUAAAACUUUUCAUAAGUCUUGCA